CACCAAGACGUACCUGCACGCGAAGCACCUGAAGCGUCACUUGCUGCGACGUAAGUUCCCCAUCCUUACCUUGACCUAGUCCAAUGUGGGCUUGACUUAACGUUCCCCACCGGCGCAGACACCGGCGAUCGGCCGUACAUGUGCGUCUUGUGCCACGACACCUUCUCUCGCAGCGACAUUCUCAAGCGUCACUUCAUCAAGUGCUCUGUCCGCCGCGGCAACCCGACUGGUGCGAGUCACUUGUCCCACCCUCAAGCGCACGUCAAGAAAAAUGCUGCGGCCCAGCAAAAGACUGUGGGUGCUGAGGGCGACGUGAAUCACAUGAACGGUAUGGGAAACAUGCCUGCCGACGGGAUGGUUCAUCCGUUUGGCAUCAUUCCCGCUUCUGAUGGCAUGAGCAACGUGGCCAACGAUCAAAGCCAGCUCUCGAGAUCUAGCAGCAUGAACAGAGUUGCCGACGACGCGAACCGCGAUAGGAGAAACAUGACGGCCUCGGUCAUGGGCGCGUCGACGCGGCCCGGCAACUUUGAUCAGACGUACAGCAGUGGCGAGGUCGCAAACAACAUGACGGCGAACAUCAACCCGCAGCUGGCCAACUACAGCAUGCCGCAGAACCAGAGCGGAAUGCCUAUGUUUGGAGGCUCAGGCUCGGCCGAUUGGUCGCAAAUGUUCCAGGCUGGUGCGCACUCUACCUACGUCAAUUCGAGCCCAUCUAAUACCGAACAGGGACAGAUGCAGACCGUAACCAACCUCGAGCCUAACCCCAGCUCCGCCGGAGCGGUCGGCAUUCCUGGCGACAAUCCCACCGACUCCUUUGACUUCCCCUCGUGGGGAAUCCCGUCGUCGUACUCGGACUCUUCUUACCAGCAACUUUCCAGCAAGAUCCUCGCCUUUUUGCGCACCCCGACUACCGUUGCCGCCAAUCCUGUCACUGUCAGCAUACUUGAUUUUUCCUUCCGCCCUGAUAACGUCCGCGUUUUCCUGGAGAACUACACUCACUUCCAUGCUCACCUCUCGAUCCUGCAUGUUCCCACCUUCCGUGCCCUCGAGGCGCAUGUCGGCCUUUUGGCGGCCAUGUGCUGUGUAGGGGCCUGCUAUUCGGACCGAAUGCCUGCCGCGAACCUCCGCGAGAUCAUGGACCUGUUGAAGGCGGCUCUCGAGAGCUCAUCCCGCAUGUUUGCGUCACUGAUGCAGAUUGGUGGCUCAGAGGUUGGGUAUGAGUGGGCCUCGUUCGGAAGCAGCAAGACAGAUGUCGAGGAGCUGCAAGCAAUCAUGCUUACCCAGGUUCUGUUUACUUGGCACGGCACGCCGGCGCAGCGCGAGAAGGCCCGGAGAACGUUCCCCUUGAUCGCAUCGUCGGCCCGCCAGGCCGGUUUGCUUCGCCUCUCGACGGAUGCCACGAUGCACAGUCCGGUUCACCAGCCGGAUUUCUCGCUGGAGAACUUCAAUAUUUCCCAGUUCAACUGGCAUAGUUGGGUCGAGCAGGAGAAGCGCAUUCGCCUCAUGUACAUGAUUUUCGUCUACGACGUCGCUCUCGGGCUGUACUUCAACGCUGGCCGCGAGUUUGACCCCUUGGAGGUUCGCCUCCCGUUGCCGGCAGACGACGCAGCCUGGGAUGCGAGCGACAUCAACGAAUGCGCCGAGGCACUGGGUCUUUGUGGCUCGGACGCUGCCAAGAUACGCAACCCGGACGGGACCCGCAGGAGCAACCAGCCUGAGAUGCACUUGGUCCUGAAGGCGCUUCUCGACAGCAACUAUCGUAUCCAGCCCGGAUCUACCAAUCUGUUUGGCAAAUUUAUUCUGAUUCACGCGCUUAUCGGGAUGAUGCGGCAGGCGCAGCUGGAAGGGGGGUCGGCAAUGUUGAGCCGUUCGAACACGCCUCUUCCUGCCCAUGCUUGGUUCCUCGGGGCUCAAGGCAGUCCCGGAUCGGCCAACAGCGGGCGAGCAACGCCGGUGGAUCUCGGAGCCAACGUCUUGGAUGCGCAGACGGUGCGGGUCUUCAUGACCGCGCUGGACAAGUUCAAGGCGAAUUGGGAUCACGACAUGGCGGCCCAAUUCCCGCCGUCUGCGGCUGUCAACCCACGCCGGUAUGGUUUCUCACGGGACGGGAUUCACUUUUACUGGCUGGCGAUGUAUUUGCUCAAGAAUACGCGGACGGCGGACCUGCAAAUGGCGCCCGAUGAACGGUUUGCGUUGGUCAUCCACAUAUUGAAGUCAGUGAAGCAAUGGGUCUUGACGGACGGGGCCUCGCGAGGGGAAGAGAUGGGAUCGGUUGGAGAGAUUGAUGCGUCGUACGGGGCCAAGGAUGUGACGCUCGACAUGACCCAGCUUUUUCGACCUCUUCCCACAACGGUGAGAAGGUCGCCAGGUUUUGCGGCUGCUCAGGCAGGAGCCAUGCGGAACCAACAAUAACGGCGCCGGCGUGAUGUGGCUGGAGCGAACUUGGGCACGCUCUUCCUCUGCAUCUACGGCGUUUUCAUUUUGUGCUUAUGUUUUCGCGGGAACUGUUUUUCUCUUUGCUUUCUUG